AUGACCUCGCAAUUCCCUUCUGGCAUCCCCGACCCGCCCAUCUUCAAGCACCUAGGACCGAAAGACCGCGCCCGUCUCCGCCAUAACAUCGAACUCCACGCCGAACAGGAACGAGAAGCCGCCAACAUGACUACUGAACAGACUUUCAUUGCCAUCAAGCCCGAUGGUGUCCAGCGUGGCCUCAUCGGACCCAUCAUCUCCCGCUUCGAGAACCGUGGCUUCAAGCUCGCGGCUAUCAAGCUCGUCACCCCCACCAAGGAGCACCUCGAGAAGCACUACGAGGACCUCUCCGACAAGCCCUUCUUCCCCGGACUCAUUGCCUACAUGGGCAGCGGUCCCGUCGCCGCCAUGGUCUGGGAGGGCCGUGACGCCGUCAAGACCGGCCGCUCCAUCCUCGGUGCCACCAACCCGCUGGCCUCUGCCCCUGGCACCAUCCGCGGCGACUACGCCCUCGAUGUCGGCCGCAACGUCUGCCACGGCUCCGACAGCGUCGAGAACGCCAAGAAGGAGAUUGCUCUCUGGUUCAAGGAGGGCGAGGUCCAGACCUGGAAGAGCGCCCAGUUCGACUGGAUCUACGAGAAGCCAUAGAUUAUGACUAGAGGAUAUGGUGAUACGAUGCUAUGAAAGGACCGAUGGUUUGGGGAUCGCGCUUGUCC